AUGGAAGAAAUUGACACAGAACCACUUAGUAUUGUUAGCAUUCCGUUGGAUUUACCGGUAGCGGAAAAUCCACCGAGCUAUGGCCAAUUGGUGGGCGGCUCUUCACUAUUCGGAACGAUCGAACUUUGCAGCGAAAUUUUCAAAUUCGGCCGUGAUCCAAGAUGCAAUUUGGUAAUAGACCAAACACAUUUUCCACCGUCAUUACGAUCCUUCAUCUCGAAUGUACACUUCAUAUUGCAGAAGGAUCUCAAGGAUCAUUGCAGUCCUACGUAUAUUAUCGAUAAUUCAAUGAAUGGAACAUCAGUAAAUGGGACACUAAUUGGGAAAAAUAAUCGCAUCAUCCUCAUGCACGGAGAUAUCAUCUCGAUCGCCUCCUUUGCCAAUCUGUUCGUGUACUAUCAGCACAGCUAUACUGUUCCGAAGGAAAUUGUAACAGAAUCAUUGAAGCAAAGUUACCACAUUGGAAAAACUCUUGGGUCAGGGUCUUUUGGGACGGUUUAUCUGCUACACGCCAUCGCAACCUGCAAGCCGUACGCGUUGAAAGUGGUGAAAAAGACGCGCGUCGUUGCGCAAAUGAACAAUACGUCGUGUUUAGAUAACGAAGUAUAUAUUAUGAAGAAAUUAAAUCAUCCGUGUAUUAUUAAAAUGUUUGAAUUUAUCGAGGAACCGGGCUCAAUCUGCAUGGUGAUAGAGUAUAUGCAGGGUGGUGAUUUGUUGACGCGCAUUCUGGACAACCACCAUCUUUCGGAGCAUAUUGCGAAAUUUUUCUUCUACCAGCUCUGUGAAGCUAUCCGUUACCUACAUGACAAGGGAAUUAUUCACCGCGAUUUGAAGCCGGACAAUAUUCUGCUCAAAGACAGCAACAUUUACACACUGCUGAAAGUAUCCGACUUUGGUUCGAGCAAGUUUCUAGGCAACAAUGUCUUAAUGCGUACCAUUUGCGGCACUCCGGAGUACGUUGCACCGGAAGUGCUGGAACACGGCAAUCAAAAACCGUACACCCGUCAAAUCGACAUCUGGAGCCUUGGCGUUGUACUGUACACGAUGCUUAGUGGCUUGCUACCGUUCGCGAAAAGUGAUGGCAUUACGGAUAUUGAGCAGAUCAAGCGUGGUCAGUUUACCCUAUCCUACCCGGUGUUUCGUAGCGUAAACUCUUGUCGUGUUAAAAAGUUGAUUUAUGACAUUUUAAACGUGGAUCCGAAAAAGCGACCAACGAUCACAAUGUUAGUCCAGAGUGAAUGGUUUCGCGAUUCGAACGAAGUCCAGCAGGCAAAAUGUAUGAUGAAUGAAUUUAAAAAUGUAUCUGUGAGUAUCUAA